AUACUUCAAGAGAGUGUACAUACCUAAGUGUGUGGCGCACCAGAUUUGCAAUCAUGGUGCUGUUACACGUGUUGUUCGAGCAUGCCGCAGGGUAUGCGCUCUUCGCAGUUAAAGAAGUGGAGGAGAUCGGCAUGUUGUUACCUCAAGUGGAGGAGAGUGUCCUAAACAUUGGGAAAUUCAACAGCGUUGUUAAACUGGCAGCCUUUUUCCCUUUCAAAUCGGCCCAGUCAGCGCUGGAGAACAUUAAUGCCAUUUCAGAAGGUGUUGUCCAUGCAGAUUUGAAACUGUUCUUAGAAACUAAUCUGCCUGUUGGGAACAAGAAGGCAGCUGUGCUGGGCGUGGCAGAUGCCAAGAUUGGGGCGGCGCUGCAGGAGGAGCUGGGACUGUCCAUUCAGACCGGAGGAGUAGUGGCAGAGAUUAUCAGAGGUGUGCGUCUACACUUCCAUUCCCUGGUCAAGGGUCUCACAGCUCAGGCUGCUUCCAAGGCCCAGCUGGGGUUGGGUCACAGUUACUCCAGAGCCAAGGUCAAGUUCAAUGUCAACAGAGCUGACAAUAUGAUCAUCCAGUCCAUUGCCCUGUUGGACCAGCUGGACAAAGAUAUAAACACAUUCUCCAUGCGUGUGCGUGAAUGGUAUGGUUACCAUUUCCCAGAGCUGAUAAAGAUAGUGACCGAUAACUCGACUUACUGCCAGCUGGCAAAGCUGAUUGGGAACAGGAAGGAGCUGUCUGAGGAGAGCCUGGAGGCUCUAGAGGAGGUGGUGAUGGACAGCGCCAAAGCCCAGGCCAUUUUGGACGCCUCCCGCAGUUCCAUGGGUAUGGAUAUCUCGCCAAUCGACCUGAUCAACAUCGAACGUUUCUCCAACCGCGUGGUGUCUCUGGCUGCUUACAGACUGGAACUGCAGGAGUACCUGCGUUCCAAGAUGAGUCAAGUCGCCCCCAAUCUGGCCGCCCUUAUUGGAGAAGUGGUUGGAGCUCGUCUCAUUUCUCAUGCUGGCAGCCUGACCAACCUUGCCAAGUACCCAGCUUCCACCGUGCAGAUCCUGGGAGCAGAGAAGGCCCUGUUCAGGGCCCUCAAGACCAGAGGAAACACCCCGAAGUACGGGCUUAUUUUCCACUCCACUUUCAUCGGCCGUGCGGCGGCCAAGAACAAGGGUCGUAUUUCCCGCUACCUGGCUAACAAGUGCACCAUCGCUUCACGCAUCGACUGCUUCUCAGAGGUACCGACCAGCGUGUUCGGAGACAAACUGCGAGACCAGGUGGAGGAACGCCUUGCCUUCUACGAGACCGGCGAGGCUCCUCGCAAGAACCUGGACGUGAUGAAAGAGGCUGUGAAAGAGGCUGAAGUAGUGGCAGCGGAGAUCAAACGCAAGCUUGAGAAGAAGGAGAAGAAGCGAAAGAAGCGUGAGAAGAGAAGAUUAGAGGCCCUGUCCACUGCCGAGGGCGAUGAGGAGGAGGUCGAAGUCAAGAAAGUGAAAACCAACGGAGAAGCAAACGUCGCAGAGAAUGGAGAACAUGGAGAAGCUGAGGUAGAGACGCCCGCAAAGAAGAAAAAGAAAAAGAAGCAGGCUGCAGUGGAAGAGGAGGUCAAGGAAGAAGAAGAGGUUACGACUAACGGUGUGGAGGAGGCCACGCCCGCCAAGAAGAAGAAGAAGAGAAAGAGCGAGGCCGUGGAGCCAGAGCCGGCGGAGGAGGCUGAACCAGUGAAGGAGGAGGGAGAGGCGCCAGAGACUCCUCAGACCGAAAAGAAAAAGAAGAAGAAAAAGAAGACUGCAGAGGACAAUUAAGAUUAUUCAGCCCUCAGCACUGGACCUUUUUUAAAAAUAUAUAUAUAUAGUGUACAGAUUUGUUUUCCUAACUGAAGGACUAAAAAUAUCCUGCCAUGGAGGGUAGGAUAAAGAGUUUCUGAAUAAGAGAGCCCAGAAACUCGUUUUUUGUUUUGUUUUUUUUUUGUUGUUUUUGUUCAGAAAACUCUUGUAUUUGUGUUUUGGAACAUUCUGCUCUGUGCCUUGGUUAUUGAUAAACGUCCACUUGGCUUGUAUUAGUUCACCCUAAAUACGACUGUUUAGUUGCUUUCACCUGAGCUUUCUGGAGUGUAUCCUGGCAGUUUGUAAUUGUAUACCAAGCCUAAAAAAAAUUAAAUCUUUUAGGGCCUUUUGAAAUAUUUUUUGAAAAAAUGUCAAAUGACCAUGGCAGUUUGGUUAUCUCUGCUGAAACAAACACAGUUCACUGAACAAGAGAUUGCUUCCAACAUCUUAUCACUACAUUUUUUCAGAAAAUGUCAGGGUUCCCUCAAAGAUUUAUAAGUUGGUUUUUAUUUAUGCUCUAUUUACCAUCCCAUACCUGAAACCACUGCUGCAGCUUACAAACAUGCAAACUGGAAUGUAACAAUGAUCAAGAAGUAAAUUGAGUUAAAGCUUUGCAUUUUUUUUUAGUCUUCAUUGAAAGAUUAAAGAUCACCUUACAGAUGUAAGAUGAAUGGAAGAGAGUGGAAUUGUGGAUGAGCAGAUCAGUUUGGUAGGAGCAGACCAAUUAACAUGUUGGACUGUAGAACAUGAUUUAGUCAUUGUGGGAAAAGCUGUGAAGUGAUUUAAAACUUAUCCACACUUUGAACAUAUGUCCAAAGUAUGUCGUUCCAUUAUUCAUGUCGUAUAAACAAAAUCAGUUAUCUUUUGUUAAUAAAAGCUCUCUAGUAA